AUUAUUACCAAACCUAUGGACUUCUCUACUAUUCAAAAUAAAAUGGAAGGGAAGGAUGUUACCACUUACAAAAAUGUUCGAGAAAUAUAUGCAGAUGUUAGAUUAAUUUUUGCCAACGCAAUGACGUACAAUGAUGAUGAGAAUAUUGUCCACUUGCUUGCUAAAUCAUUGCUUGGGAAAUUUGAAGAGAAGUGGCGGCAAUUUCUUCCUAAAGUUGAGAGUGAGGAAAAAAGACAAAAGGAAGAGGAAUCAAAGGGUGUUGUAGCCACCAAUACUUCUCGAGAAGCAGCAGUUGCAAAGUUAGCAAAAGAUACUGAUGAGGAGCUGAAUCAGGUCAAUAAACAGCUGGAGGAACUCCGGAAAAUGGUGGUCAACAGAUGCAGGAAAAUGACCACAGAUGAGAAGAGGAAACUGGGUGCAGGUCUCUGCCACUUGUCUCCAGACGAUCUUAACAAGGCACUAGAAAUUGUUGCACAAGACAACCCAAGCUUCCAAAUUAAAGCAGAAGAAGUGGAUCUCGACAUGGAUGCUCAGAGCGAGACAACACUGUGGAGGCUGAAAUUCUUUGUGGCGGAAGCGCUGGAAAGACAGGCCAACGCUGCUUCUGGGAAGAUGGAUGAGAACACCAAGAGAAAGAGGGAGAUAUGCAAUGCCCUGGCGAAAACUGCUUCAAAACGAAUCAAGAAGCAGCCUUAGCAGUCCAGACCUUUCUUUGACUGCCACUGAUUGUUCAGAAUGUUUUUGAAGUAGGAGUAGCCUUGGUAAAACAAUCUUUGCCCUUUUGUGUGCAGUGGUCGUGUACAUAGUAUGCAUUGGUCAGUAACUCGUGAGUGUUUCGAAAUUGCAAAAUGUCUGGUGAUUGCUUCC